GGUAGCGAGGGGUCAAUCCACGCCAAGCGUGGGGUUGGCGGUGAGGCCGGCGGCGGUAGUUGGGGCUGGGUGGGAGGAGAUCCUUUCGCACACACGAGGAGGGUUGAGCCGCUGUUGCCCUGGUCAAGAGUGCCCAGUUUGGACUGUCGCUGCCACCCAAGAACCCGAGGAGUGAGUCGUUGGCCGGCAGCCCCUCUGUCUUAACGUUCUCCUUGGGUCAGCUCGGCCUGCUCCUCCCCGGUCGGCCGCCCCCGCCUCCAUUUCCCGCCCUCUCUUCACCACACACACGGCCCCCCCGAUCAUGGAUCCCAGCAGCGGCGGAGGCGGUGGUGGCGGCGGCGGAGGUGGCGGCGGCGGCGGCGGCGGCGGGAGCAGCAGCAGCAGCAGCGACUCAGCGCCCGACUGCUGGGACCAGACGGAUAUGGAGACCCCCGGGCCGGGGCCUUGCGGCGGCGGCUCCACGGUAGGAGAGGCCCAGCGUGAGAACCUCAGCGCGGCCUUCACCCGGCAACUCAACGUCAACGCCAAGCCCUUCGUCCCCAACGUCCACGCCGCGGAAUUCGUGCCGUCCUUCCUGCGGGGCCCUGCCCAGCCGCCACCAUCACCAGCUGGCGCGGCCGGCGGCGACCACGGAGCGGGCAGCAGCGCGGGAGGCCCUUCGGCACCUGUGGAGUCCUCUCAAGAACCGUCAUUGUGUGAAGGUUCAAAUUCAGCUGUUAGCAUGGAACUUUCAGAACCUGUUGAAAAUGGAGAAACAGAAAUGUCCCCAGAAGAAUCAUGGGAGCACAAAGAAGAAAUAAGUGAAGCAGAGCCAGGGGGUGGUUCCUCAGGAGAUGGAAGGCCACAAGAGGAAAGUACCCAAGAAAUGAUGGAAGAGGAAGAAGAAAUACCAAAACCUAAGUCGGUGGUGGCACCGCCAGGUGCUCCUAAGAAAGAACAUGUAAAUGUAGUAUUCAUUGGGCAUGUUGAUGCGGGCAAGUCAACCAUUGGAGGGCAAAUAAUGUAUUUGACUGGAAUGGUCGACAAAAGGACACUUGAGAAAUAUGAACGAGAAGCUAAAGAAAAAAACAGAGAAACUUGGUACUUGUCUUGGGCCUUAGACACAAAUCAGGAAGAGCGAGACAAGGGUAAAACAGUAGAAGUGGGUCGUGCCUAUUUUGAAACAGAAAAGAAGCAUUUUACAAUUCUAGAUGCUCCUGGCCAUAAGAGUUUUGUCCCAAAUAUGAUUGGUGGUGCCUCUCAAGCUGACUUGGCUGUACUGGUAAUAUCAGCCAGGAAAGGAGAGUUUGAAACCGGAUUUGAAAAAGGAGGACAGACAAGAGAGCAUGCAAUGUUGGCAAAGACAGCAGGUGUCAAACAUUUAAUUGUGCUAAUUAAUAAGAUGGAUGAUCCAACAGUAAACUGGAGCAAUGAGAGGUAUGAAGAAUGUAAAGAAAAACUAGUACCAUUUUUGAAAAAAGUUGGCUUCAAUCCCAAAAAGGACAUUCAUUUUAUGCCCUGCUCAGGACUGACGGGAGCAAAUCUCAAAGAGCAAUCAGAUUUCUGUCCUUGGUACAUUGGCUUACCAUUUAUUCCCUAUCUGGAUAAUUUGCCAAACUUCAAUAGAUCCGUUGAUGGACCAAUCAGGCUGCCAAUUGUCGAUAAGUACAAGGAUAUGGGGACUGUGGUCCUGGGAAAGCUGGAAUCUGGAUCUAUUUGUAAAGGCCAGCAGCUUGUAAUGAUGCCAAACAAGCACAACGUGGAAGUUCUUGGAAUACUGUCUGAUGAUGUAGAAACGGACUCUGUAGCUCCAGGUGAAAACCUCAAAAUCAGACUGAAAGGAAUUGAAGAAGAAGAGAUUCUACCAGGAUUCAUCCUUUGUGAUCUUAAUAAUCUUUGUCAUUCUGGACGCACAUUUGAUGCCCAGAUAGUGAUUAUAGAGCACAAGUCCAUCAUUUGCCCGGGGUAUAAUGCGGUGCUGCACAUUCACACCUGUAUCGAGGAAGUUGAAAUAACAGCCUUAAUCUGCUUGGUAGACAAAAAAUCAGGAGAAAAAAGUAAGACUCGGCCCCGUUUUGUGAAACAAGAUCAAGUAUGCAUUGCUCGUUUAAGGACAGCAGGGACCAUCUGUCUGGAGACCUUUAAAGACUUCCCUCAGAUGGGGCGCUUUACCUUAAGAGAUGAGGGUAAGACCAUUGCAAUUGGAAAAGUUCUGAAACUGGUUCCAGAGAAAGACUAAGCAUUUUCUUGAUGACCCUGCACAAUACUGUGAGGAAAACUGACUGCAAAAGCCUACUUCACACCGCCUUCUCUUAUUUUCUGCCCAUUGAUAAACUUCUUCCCAUAUUUUGCAAAGAAAAUUCACAGCAAAAGUCCACAUUAUGUCAGCUUUCUCAUAUUGAGAGCUCUGCUAUGCCACUGUUGAAUUUUCCCCAAGAUUUUGCCCCUCUUUCAAACUUCGCUUCCUUGGACAGAUUUGGCAAUAGCUUUGUAAGUGAUGUGGACAUAAUUGCCUACAAUAAUGAAAACCUACAGGAAUUUUUUUAUUUUUCAUUUUCCCCUUAGGCAUAGUUAGUCUCUUUUUUUCCCCAGGCAGAUCAUUCUGAGUGUGCGAGUGUGUGUGCACAUGUUAAAAAGACAACUACCAUGUUAAUAAAAUAUUCAAUUUGAAACCCUUUCGGUAUUUGAAUUGCUUUUGAAUACUGUUUUUUAUCUCAAUGUAACGUUGUUGCAUUAGCUUUUUAACUGCCAAGUAAUUGAAUACAUUUUAUUACUUGGAUUUUUCUAAACUCCCCCUACUCACUCACUUUAAACGGGGCAUUUACAAACACUGCUCAAGUUUGUAUUAAAGGAAAGAAUUUGUUUGAUCCCUUAUUUUGAUGGUUGAUGCAUAAACACCUUUAUCCAACUGUGGCACUGCUUUACUAUAACUAGGUCUAUUGGUUAUUUUCUGCCAAGUUAUAUUUUAAUGAUUUCUUAAAUGCAGUAAGUUCUUUGGAAAUUAAAAACAGCAUUACUGUUGUCUUUAUAAGUAAAGCUUAAUGAAACUAUACCCCUACAGACAACUCCAUUAGCUUGUAACAUUAAUGGAAUUUACAGUAAAAGCAUGUUGAGACUGGCGAACGCCCUUUGGUUUUCCUAAAAGCUGCAUGCAUCUAAUAUGAAACCCUGUCAGUUCCACAUGCCAGUUCCAUGGGUUACUCACUCUGUCAGUAACUUUAAAGGGUGGAAGAGCCUCACUGCUUCAUGCCAAUUCUCAAUCCAGUGACUAAAUGAACAGUCAUCACAAACUGCUCAUACCAAAAUGAACAGUAACAAAUAGAAUCAAGCACAGAAUAGGUUUUAUCUCAAUCAUUUGAGUUUUCUUCAGCAUAAGCUGGAAUUUACUAAUAAUGUUUUGGAUGAACCACAGUGCAACAUUGUGGUAUUGUGGUUUCAGGUUGAAGGGUGAUUUUUCUACUACAGCUAUCAUGGCUGAAAUUUUUCGUGAGAAUGAAUGGGAAAUGAAAGAGACAGUUUCUAGGUUUGUCAGAGAUUGCCUUUGUGUUCAGUGUGUGCUUCCAUUUUUGAGAUUUGGCCUCUUUUACAUUGUGAUUCCUAAGAUACAUUCUAACUAUAUGUUUAAUGGUAUGGUCCAUCCCUGUAAUCUUAUUCUGCAGAAAAGCCUAGCUAACUUGUAUUUCCAGUCAUAAAACAAAAACACAAGUGUUUUCUUAACAAUGAAAAGAAUUACGGAAAUGGAUCUGCUGUGGUCUUACGAACAGGGCUAAAGUAGUGCCCUACAGCUUGUUUGAACUACACUUAUGGCUAUUAAAGUGCAUGAAAUUUAAAUUUUACGAUGUCUGCAAAUAUCUGGGCUUUUAUUUUUCUGUGACAUGGGAGCUCUAAUGAGAAUAAAAUAGUCUUUUAAUAUUUCCAUACUAAGAAGGAAAAAUAUUAGCAGAAGCUUGAGUCUUAAUCUUUGAAUCUCCAAAAUUGUUUCCAAAGAUUUCUCUUUUGGAAUUAAACAUAUUUUUAAGAAAAAGUUAUAUUUGCUAUUAAGACACUUAACAGUAUUAAGAAUGUUAUGUGCUUACUGCAACAUUACAUUCUUAAGGGAAAUGACUUGGCCAGUUCGUUUGAAAGGCUUACCUCUAAAAGAUAAUUUAAGGACAAAGGUAAUUCCAAAAUUUUUUCAUUGGAAUUCUAUCAACAGGAUUAAUCAAACACCAUUCAUUUUAGGGACAUUGAAGCUUGAAAAACUAUUUAGACUGGAUGCUUUUUAAGAUAGUGGUUAUAUGACUAAGGAGAUAAAAUAUCUGAAGUAAAUUUGGAAUGUGUGCAGAUUCUGGAUUUUUCAAGAGCAAUACAGUUUUGUGCUGUCAUUCUGCCUUCUGCUAGUGUAAACUUUUUAUGUGGUUGACAAUGCAAAAUAGGAUAACUACACAUUCUGGAUAUUAAAGAGCUUAAGAUUUUCAAUUAUAUUAACAUAGGCACAUUAGCAUCAUGAUUUGGUGUGCCCCAUUUUACAUUAAUGAUGCUUAUGUAACUUUUAUGCUGUUAUUGAAUCUUUUAAGUGAGUUUUAAGAGGUGGCAUUUAAAAACAUCGUAACUCUUCCUUAAGAAACAGCAGUUUUUUGUUUAUACAUAAUUUGCUAUGCAGUGGGGGGGAAAUCUAUAUAAAACCAAACCACAAGAAGUUGGACUGAGUGUAUCUUGCCUGAAAUUCAAUGACAAACUAACUUGUUUGUAAAUGAUUAAACACAUUUUUCUCCUUGUUUUUAAUUAUUAAAAAUCUUGAAACAUGGUAAUUACAUGUUAAAAAAAUUUUGUAAACUGAAGUACAAGCUGUUCUCUCUACCAAGGAAAUUCAUGCUUGUUUGCUGUUCCUGAAAACCACUCAAGCUACUUUUACAGUAUGGGACAUUAAGAACAUUGAAAGUUAUUUGGUUGAACAAUCCUGGCAUCAGUUGAAGUGCUGCAAAUAUUUUGGCUUAUACUUGCAGUCAGAUGCAGUUUUACAAUUUAAGAAUCCAUGAUGAACGUUUGAAAGAAAAAAAGUCAGCUUAACUCCCUUGGCCAUCUCUGGGAAUACUAGUAUUCCUCCAUGAUCUUGGAGGACUGUUUACACGUGGCAGCACUCUAGCACAUUUUCUCACUGGCAUGGACUGACUGCUGCUUCACGAAUGAUAACUUCAUUGCUUUGGGUAGAGAUUUAGGUAAUCAAGGGACAAAGCUGUAGUUUUUAAUGUUAGGCAACUUCCAACCUUUAAUCCAUUUGUGAAAAUUCCAGUUACAGUAAUAUAGCUAUGACUGUAGAAUGACUAGAUGUUAUAUUCAUAUUGUUGGCUUACCUUAUUAGAAUGAACUGUUCAAUUAAUCCUCUCACAGACCUGUAGUAGAGUAGAUAGAUAGCACUCAACUGGAUUUGGGAGAUUAUCUCCAAAUACUGCAUACUUCUUCCAGUUAAUUUUUCAAUGAUUGUAACAAAUGGCCUCUAAUUAAUUAUUCAUGAUCUUGUUUCUUUAGAGAUCUUGCCAUGGCAGCACCUUGGUAAAUUAAGUAUAAGUACAUAUAUGCACAACUCAUGACUUAAUAGGUUUAAAUUUAGCAAUUGGUUAAAUUAGAUUUCAUAGUAUGUGGAAUAGAAAGUGUUAUUUUCUGCUAGUAAUUUAGUAAGUUGCAUUUGAACCCAUUUAUUGCCAGAAUUCAGAUAGGUUAGAUUUGAUACUUGAUGGUUUUGGUUCUGGGAUAUUCUUAAUUUUUAGAAACCUAGAACUUAAUGAGUCUUCCCUUCAAUAAAUAUACUUCUCACAUACCUCUAAUCCUAUGCUUCCUUGAAACAGUAAUAUGCUAGCCAAGUUGUUUACUAAGGAUUAGUAUGAGGACAUGGAGGCACAGGGCAGGGUGUGUAUAGUUAUUUAAAACUUUUCCAGUGCAAGGGAAAAAUAAAAAGGCACUAACCCUGAUUAGGCAGAAAACAUGGAUUUCUUUAGCAGCCCCAAAACAGUAUUGCUUUUUUUUUUUUUCUGCCUUGUCACACAUGCCACUGUGCCCUUUAAAUCUUGACCUGGAAAGCUCAGGUUUACGGACUGCACAGGUGAAUGGCAUUUGUGCUUCCUGAGGCUCCCCUCUGCUAGGCACACUAGGUUAGUGCUUCGGAUGUCAGCCUGAGUCCUUGCUACCUCCUUUCCUGCUGCGUGGGGAAGAGUGUGCUGGAGCUGGAUGGUGCUCUGGCCCUCCUCAGGUGAUGAUCCUCGCCUCCAUUUCUCCCACAUUUGUUAGGUGAAACAGGUCUGAGCCUGCAAGUCUGCAAUUUAAGGGAGAUGUUGGGAUCUCAGAAAUGUACACACUUCUUAACUAGUUUCUUCAGUUUGUUUUAAAGGAAAUGUGGAUCUCUCAGGCCAGGAUUUAGUGGCUAAUUUUUACUGAACUGCUUAAUACCUAGAAGCCCAUUUUAAAAGAAAAACAAGAUUACUUAAAACUGGGUGUUUAGCCUAAUUCCAAAGCAUGAAUGAAUGUUCUAGGUAGGAAAGAAACCCUUUUUUUAUGAUUUGUAGCUACCUACUGUGCCUGACUUGGUGCCUGUGUGAGGAUUAAACCCUUAGUCUGCUCUUGCAAUUACUCAAAUGACUGAAGUUUAAAAAUUUUGUUUUGUAACAAUAAAAAUUGUCAUCUUCCCUUUU